AUGCUGGUGCUAGUGGGGCUGGUGCUGUGCCUCGCUCCUGCGGACGCCUUGACUGCCUUCCCCCCAAAGUUUCAGGUGGGGAAAAUGAAUGGGGAUAUGGUGGUGAAAUGCAACACCUCGGAGCAGCAAGUGACCUGGACGCUGAACGGGGAGCUGGACCCCAUGAUCGAGGUCACGAACGAGGGACAGACUCUCACCAUCCACGGCUUGGACCUGCCGGCUACAGGCAACUACAGCUGCUGGGCCGGCACCGUCCUGCUGGACACAACCUACGUGGUGGUCAGCAGCACCCGCGAGGAGAGGCUGAACGUCUCCUGCCAGGCUGAGUCCUACCGCGGCUCCUUCCGCUGUUCCUGGACCGUCCCCUACCCUGCCGCCUUCCGCACCCGACUCACACACAGCGACGGCUCCUUGGGGGAGUGGGUGCCAGUGGCCAGCCACCGUGGCCGGUUCAGCGCCAGCUUCACGGACCCCUCCUUCUGCCCCUUCGCCGAGGAGCUGCACCCGCUGCAGCUGCAGCUGGAGGGUCUCACUGACACCUCCUACCUCAACUUCUCCAUCCACUUCUUCGUCCGCGACAUCGUUCGGCCUGACCCACCGCAGCAGCUGACCGUGCAGCGGCGGGGGGAGCAGCUCCACCUGGCCUGGGCCCCCCCAGCCUCCUGGUCGCUCCCCAAGUCCUACUUCGCUCUGCUCUACCGGCUGCAGUACGAGCUCCUCAACGGCACCCAGGUUGACAAGUACGUGGAGGGCGCGGAGGAGACGCAGCUGCAGGAGAGCGCGCGGCGGGUGCGCAUCAGCUGCCAGGACCCCUACGCCAACCCUGCCUGGAGCCCCUGGAGCGCCUGGCAGGACGUCAAUGCAGCCCAGCCGCGCCGGCUCCGAGUGCACUGA